CGAAUAUUUGAGCAGAAUGAGUCCGAGAGUAAAUGAGUAAAAUGUUAACUUGAUAAAUACUUUUCAGAGUCUUUAUAACAUUUUUGUCUCAGAUUAAUAGAUUUUAAGUACUAUAAAAGUCUGUGCAUAGUAACUAUAAUUUAGUAUUUGUUAUACAGGUUUUAUGACAGAGUUCUGCAUAUGAUGUAGUAAUACGUUGAGGCAUAACCUUUGUACCUCAUACGAGAAAAUAUUGGACAUUUGAUUUGAGAUAUCAACGUCAGACUUCCAAAGGGUGAUAUAUCCUUCUGCAUAUCGACACAAAAUAAACAAAAAGUUUCCCAACUAACUACAUUUGCUAUGACAUUCCUUUGUCUUGUCUUGUGAUGCAAACAAUCUGCAUUUCUGUAUAAAGGAUACAAAAAUCAACAAGAUGGCGUCUCUUUCUACAGAGGAAGAAAACUAUGUAAGAAUGAGUUUAUUGCUGACAGGUAUUUCUCCACGUGCAGCUAGAGCCUUGUUUGAUCGUGAAUUCCACCAAUCAUGUUUGGACUCAUCUUUAAAGAAAGCAUACAACAAACUGAUGGACUUGAAAAUGAAAAAAGUUAUAAAUAAAGCACAAUGGAAACUCCUGUUCCCUCGUUUUCCUGAUGUUCCAGAUUCUAAAACAUUUGAUAUCACUUUAAUGAUAGCAUUACUGAGAAAUUUGACCACACUUUCCCCUCCUCUUCGUGAAUUUGACUGUUUACCUUCUAACAUUGAAACCACACCUGCAGCAGAUUUAGCUAGAAUCAAAUACUACAGAAACUACAUAGCUCACCUGAACGAUGCGAAAUUAGACUCUGUGAUCUUCAAUACUUAUUGGAACGAUAUCACCAAUGCCAUUGAUAGAUUAGGCGGACAGGAAAUGAAGAAGGAGUGUGAUCAUCUGAAAACCAAAACUUUAGAUCAGACCAAUCAAGAAAUAAUGCUUGAUAUUAAACGGUCUAAUGAUGAAAUCAGGGAGCUGAACGAAUCUUUUGAAAGUAUGAAGCUGUCACAUACUGAAAUGAAGAAGUCCCACGAAUUAUUACAAGAAGAUCAUGCAAAUGUUACAAAAGAACUUCAAGAGAUAAAAACCUCUCAGAAGGAUACAGUACCAUGGAAUGUUAGAGAACAAAUCAACAAAAUAGUUGAAGACUGGAAGAAUAAUGACCAGAUGUUUAUAAUCACUGAAGCCGCCAAGCACGUACUGAAAUGUAUAAAGGAGAAUAGUUGUGUAACUAUUACUGCAAGUUCUGGUGCAGGGAAGACAGCAACAUUACGACACGUCGCUUUAAAAAUGUCAAAUGAAUAUGAUGUUCUUCUUGUUUCUGAUCCAGUUGACAUUAUUAAGUUUUACAAUCCAAAUAAGAAAACAUUGUUUGUUAUUGAUGAUUUAUGUGGAAACUUUUCUGUUGAUUUAAGUGACAUUAAAAGCUGGGAUCCACUGAUUGUGCGUAUAACAGAAAUUCUUGAAAACAAACAAACAAAAAUAAUUGCAGCAUGUCGCUUACAAGUCUUUCAGGAUCAAAAAUUUUGUAUUUUAUCAAUUUUCAAGUCAUGUGCAUGUAACCUGUUGUCAGUGGAAAUACGUUUGUCAAACACUGAAAAACAGUCAAUAGCAGAGCUAUAUAUGAAAUCAAAAGCCCCUGAGAUUGCCGACUAUUAUGAUUUAUAUGAUUGUUUUCCACUUUUAUGUAAAAUGUUCCAUGAUAAUCCCAAUUUUGAUGUAGCAAAUUUAUUUCAGAAACCAUUUUCAGUUUAUGAAGCAGAAAUUGACAAGUUGUUUCAGAUUGGGCUAUACACUAAAUAUUGUGCUUUAGCUUUAUGUGUUGUGUUUAACAAUCAAUUGAAAGAAGAAAUGUUGACAAAAGAUGUGGAUGCAGAAACCAAACAAAUCAUCGAGAACACAUGUCAGGCAUGUAAACUGGACAGAGGAACUUCUCUGUUGGUUAUACGGGAUGAACUUGACUCAUUUACACAAACAUUUAUUAGGAAGGUACAAGGAAAUGUCAUAGGGCAAGGUGAAAAUUAUUAUAAAGCCUUACAUGAUAAAAUAUUUGACUUUCUAGUUUACUACUUUGGACAGAAAAUAAUCGAAUGCUUGAUAAAGAAUGCAGACAGUUGUUUAAUCAAGGAGAGAUUCUUAUUAGAAAGAGAAGAUGUCCUGGAUCCGUUUAUUAAUGUUGUACCACCAACAUAUCAUCAGAUGUACAUACAGAGAAUGAUUGAUGAUUGGUCAAUUGGAAAAGUUCAGGAUAUUUUUAGGAAUAUCAAUAUGAAGAUACCUCAGUUCAGAAAGAAAUUUUUGUUUCAUUUGACCAAACUUGAUACAACUUUGCAGAGACAACUGGCACAUACCUUUGACAAUAAAUGCCAACGAUCUGCAGAUUAUUGGUUUGUUGGUUAUAAUAAAUACGACACUGUGUUAUUACAUUGCUGUUUAAUAGGAGAUAUAGAUUUGAUCCAGUGGUGUUUAAACCAUGAUGUUGAUGUGAACAAGUGUACAUAUGAUUAUCAGUCACCUGUAAUGAUAGCUUCUGAACACGGUCAUACAAAAAUUGUUAGAAUGUUGUUGGACAAAGGAGUAGACUGUGAUAUAUGUGACAUAAUGCGUAAGUCAGCAUUAAUGAAGGCUUGUGGACAUGGUCAUACAAAAAUAGUUGAAAUGCUGCUGGAUAGAGGAGCAAACUUUGAAUGUGACCAUGCGGAACGGUCACCUGUAAUGUUGGCGUGUGAAGGUGGGCAUACACAAAUUGUACGAAUGUUGUUGCACAGUGGAGCAGUUUGUAAUAAGUUUGACGAUGAAGAAUUGUCACCUGUAAUGAUGGCGUGUGAAGGUGGUCAUACAGAAAUUGUCCAAAUGUUAAUUAACAGAGGAGCAGACUGUAAUAAAUGUGACUUUGAUGGUCAGUCACCUGUAUUGAAGGCUUGUGCAUACGGUCAUAAGGAAAUAGUAAAAAUGUUGGUAGAUAGAGGUGCAAAGUUUAAUGAAUGUGACAAUGAUGGUAAGACACCUCUACUUAUGGCUUGUGAACAUGGUUUUAUAGAGAUAGUAAGGAUGUUGUUAGACAGAGGGUUAUAUUAUAAUAAAUCUGAUAAUAAUGGUUGGACACCUUUACUGACGGCUUGUGAACGUGGUCAUACAGAAAUAGUAAAGAUGUUGUUAGAUGGAGGGGUAUACUUUAGUAAAUCCGAUAAUGAGGGUUGGACACCUUUUUUGUCUUCUUGCAGACAUGGUCAUUCAAAUAUAGUUAAAAUGUUGUUAGACAAAGGAGCAGAUUAUGAAAAAUGUGACAACUUGGAUCAAUCACCUGUAAUGACAGCCUGUGAAAAUGGUCAAGCAGAAAUAGUAAGAAUGUUGUUAAACAGAGGGAUAAACUAUAAUGAAUGUAACAACCAUGGUAUAGCACUAAUAUUGAAGGCAUGUCAAUAUGGUCAUACAGAAAUAGUCAAUUUAUUGUUAGACAAAGGGGAAGACUAUAAUAAAUGUGACAUGUGGGGUAAGUCGCCUGUAAUGUAUGCUUGUAAACAUGGUCAUAUAGAAAUAAUUAAAAUACUAUUAGACAAAAGAGUGGACUAUAAUAAAUCAGACAAAAAGGAUCAAUCACCUAUGAUGGUUGCUUGUCGAUAUGGUUAUUCAAAUAUUGUUCAGAUGCUGUUAAAUAAAGGAGCAGACUAUAAUAAAUGUGAUAAUCAUUAUAAGUCACCUGUAAUGAAGGCUUGUGAACAUGGUCAUACAGACAUAGUUAAGAUGUUGCUGGAAAAAGGUGUGGAUUGUAAUGAGGUCGAUAUCUUAGGUCAGUCGCCUCUAAUGAAGGCUUGUAAGCAUGGACAUACAGCUAUAGUUGGAAUGCUAUUGGAAAAAGGGGUAGACUAUAAUAAGUCUGACUUAAACGGUUUGACAUCUUUUGCAUUUGCUUGUUCUCAUAAUCAAAGAGAAAUAGUAAAAAUGCUGUUAGAUAAAGGAGUUAACUAUGAUAAAUUGGACAGUGUCCGCCAGUCACCUUUUAUGAAGGCUUUUAUCCAUGGACAUAUGGAAAUAGUAAUGAUGUUGUUCAAAAGGGAAGUAAACUAUAACCAAUAUGACAGCAAGGGAAGGUCACUUCUAAUGAAGGCUUGUUCAAGUGGUCUAACAGAAUUUGUCAAGAUACUUUUGGACAAAGGAGUAGACCAUAAUAAAUGUGACAAAAAGGGCCAGUCUCCUUUGAUGUUUGCCUGUAGACAUGGUAAUAGACAAAUAGUAAGAAUGUUGCUAGAUAGGAGAGUAGAUUAUAAUAAAUGUAACAAAUGGCGUUGGUCAGCUGUACUGUAUUCUUGUAAAUAUGGUCAUCAAGAGGUUUUAAGGAUGCUGAUACUCAGCGGAGCAAACAUUAAUAGAUGUGAUAAUAAUGGUUGUUCACCGGUUAUCAUCGCUUGUAAACGUGGCUAUACAGGAAUCGUUGAGAUGUUAUUAGAUAAAAAAGCAGACUUUAUAAAAUGCAAUAAUAAGGGACAGUCACUUCUAAUGUAUGCUUGUAAAUAUGGUCGUACAAAAAUAGUUAGAAUCUUGGUAGAAAAAGGGGUAGACUAUAGUAACUGCGACAAAAAAGGUAUGUCACCUCUUAUGCAUGCAUGUAAACAUGGUCAUACAGUUGCAGUAAAGAUUUUGUUAGAUAAAGGAGGAAACUAUAAUUCUAGUUAUGCUGACGGUUCUUCUCUCAUUAUGCAUGCUUGUAAAAAUAAUUAUUUAGAAAUUGCAAGGAUGUUAAUACACAAAGGAGCAGACUUUAAAGAACGCGACAAAGAUGGUCGAUCUGUGCUGAUGGAGGCUUGUGGGCACUUAAAUGAGAAACUAGCAUGUUUGUUAAUAGAGAAAGGUACAGACUUAAAUAAAUGUGACAGAUGGGGUCUAUCACCUAUGAUAGCUUGUGAAAAUGGUAAUGAAAAAAUUGUAAGUUUGUUAUUAGACAAAGGAGCAAAUUAUGAUGAAAUUGACAGAACUGGUACGUCACCUUUAAUGAAGGCCUGUGAAAAUGGUCACACAGAAAUAGUGAAGAAAUUGUUAGAGAAAGGAGCAGACUUAAAUAAAUGUGACAGAUCCGGUCAAACACCUGUCAUGAAGGCUUGUAUAGAAGGUCAUGAAAACAUAGUUAGUAUGUUGUUAGAAAAAGGAGCAGAUUACAAAGAAAUUGACAGAAAGGGUCAGUCACCUAUAAUGAAGGCUUGUGAACAUGGUCACACUGAAAUAGUAAAGAAAUUGUUAGACAAAGGGGCAGACUUUAAUAAAUGUGACAGAUCAGAUCAGUACCCUCUAAUGAUAGCUUGCGAAAAUGGUCAUCCAGAAAUAGUAUGGACGUUGUUAGACAGAGAAGCAAACUGUAAUAAAUCUGAUUAUAAUGGCAGCACACCUUUAACAAAAGCUUGUAGAAUCGGCCAUACAGAAAUAGUGAAAUUGUUAAUAGACAAAGGAGCAGACUUGAAUAGACGGGAUUUUGAUGACUUGUCGCCAGUAAUGAUAGCUUGUGAACUUGGUUAUACAGACAUAGUAAACAUGUUAUUAGAUAAAGGGGCAGAAUAUGUUAAAAACAACGUUUUUGGUCAGUCACCUGUGAUGAUAGCUUGUUACAAUGGUAAAAAAGAAGCCAUGAAGUUAUUAUUAGAUAGAGGAGCAGACUGUAAUCAUAGUGACAGUGAACAUGCCUCACUUUUAGUUAGGGCUAGUGAAAAAGGGCAUACCGACAUCUUAAAGAUGUUGUUAGAAAGAGGGGCAGAUUGUAAUAUAGUGGAUAAAAAUGAUCAGUCACCUGUGAUGAAGGCCUGUGAGCAUGGUCAUACAGAAAUAGUAAAUAUACUGUUAGACAGAGGAGCAGACUUUAAUAAAGUGGACUUUAAUGAACAGUCACCUUUAAUGACGGCUUGUGAACAUGGUCAUACAGAAAUAGUGAAUUUGUUAUUAAAAAAAGGAGCAGAUUUUAAUAAAUUGAAUUUGCAAGAUCAGUCAGCCCUCAUGAAAGUUUGUGAGCAUGGACAUACAGAAAUAGGAAAUAUUUUGUUAGAUCGAGGCAUAGACUGUAAUAAAAUUGACUGGCAUGAUCAGUCAUCAUUAAUAAUGGCCUGUAAACAUGGCCAUAUACAAAUAGUUAAAAUAUUAAUAGAAAGAGGGGCAGACUGUGAUAAAUGCGACUACGAGGAUCAGUCACCUGUAUUUAUGGCUUGUGAAUGUGGUCAUACUGAAAUAGUAAAUGUGUUAUUAGACCGAGGAGUAGACUUCAACCGAAGUGAUCAUAUUGGUCAGUCACCUAUUAUGAAGGCUUGUGAACAUGGUCAUACAAAAAUAGUUAAAAUGCUGUUAGAUAAUGGAGCAGACUUUGAUAAAUGUGAUGUGUAUGGUCACACACCUUUAAUGAUGGCUUGUAUGCAUGGUCAUACAAAAAUAGUAAAAAGUUUGCUCAAAAGAGGAGCUAACUACAAAAAAUGUAACAAUGAUGGAAAGACAUCAGUACAAAUUGCCUCACUGAAUUGUCAGUAUGAAAUAGUUACUAUGAUUAAUACUCAUGCUUUAAAGGAGAAACAAGAUCAACUAUCAGCAUGAAAUAGCUGACGCACUUUCCAGGAAGGACUUAGACCCAUACGAGCAAAUGUAUUGUGAAUUUUCUCGCUAUAUCUAUGUUAAUUGAUGAUUGUUUUUUACAUUAACUGAUUUUUUAAACGGAAAGUAAUAUUGACUAAAUAUUUCAGCUGACAAAAUAUACAAUAUUGUUUGGAAAUAUUUACUCGUAUUAUGAGGACACUUUUUUGCUAAAUGGUACUAUUCUGUCAUUUUUUGCAAUAAGUCUCAAGCAAUAUGUUACUAUUUUAACAGUUUAUACUUCAAUUCCUUAACAAUGUAAUAUCAUUGUGAUGAAACAUGCCUGUACUGUAAAAACACUGUAUGGCAUUUUUUUUUUACAUAUGUAUGUAUUGAAUGAUGAUUUUAUGCAUCGCAAACGUUAAUGUGGAUCGAGGGGGGUUGUGUUUUUGGUCCGUCCGUUCGUCCGUCCUUUUGUCCAAUAGUCCAUCCUAUAUUAGGGUAGAACAUUUGGUUAAAGUAGUUUAAAUGAAAUAGAUUUUUUUUAAAUAAUAUAUCAAAUAAUGAUUUUGACACCGAUUAAAUAGUUCACGGACAUGGAAAUGUGAUAUUGUGAAAUUAGUAAAUUCGCAGGGUUAUAUAGUUUACAAUGAAGGUAAGGGAAAAUCAGCCAGAAAAUUACUCUAUAUCUUUAUUGUUAGGUGCAGUUUGGAAAUGAUAUGCCAUAUUACUCUGAAUUCACUAUUUACUGAAUAUUAACAUAGAAUAGUGCAGCGGGCCAUGGUGUCUUAUGGACAUACGGUUCUACCUAAAGCCGCACCACACAUCAUUGUGACUAGUAAGACACCUGCUGAUAUCGUUAAAUGUGACAAUUGUGUAAUGAUAAUAAUACUUAUGAAGACAGACAGUCUUAUUAGUUUAAAGAAUAUACUUCUAACAGAGACACAUGUUGCUUUUGUAAAGAGAUCAAUAACGUAAUUUAAUAUACCUUGAAAAUAAUUUGGUAAGCAGUGGUAUUGUAAAAAUAUUUUAUAUGUUCCUCGCAGACGGGACGUAUUGUGGUUUACCAAUACCCGUCCGUCCGUACGUCCCACCGUCUGUCAAUCCGUCCUUUCCUCCGUCCAUCAACAUUUCGUACGAUAACUCAGACUUGCUUUGACCAAUUCUCAAGUAAUUUUAACGAAACAUUAGAAUUGACGGAAAAAAGCUCUUUUUUAUUUAUAGUCUUCCAGAGUUACGGGACUUAAACCGUUUAAAUUCAGGCACUUUUUCAAACAUCGCGCACACUCGAGUAUGCCUGGAUUGAUUUACUCAAAGCCUUAUAUUAUCGUUUGGAUUGGUAAGAAUUAUCUCCCUUUUGAGAUUUUUUAAUUUUUCUAUUUUUCCAUUUUGAAUAGACUAUUUUUCCAUUUUGAAUAGACUAUUUUUCACAUGACCGACUUUUGACUCCGUAGUUUAUAAUUUUACACAGUUUACCUACUCUGUGGUAGAAAGUUUUGGUACUCUGUCAAGUAAGAGAAACUGAAAAAAAAAUAAAAAGAAGCUUACAAUCAGUACUAUUUGGGGAAAAAAUUCCGAAAAAGUAUUCCGAUGAUUUUGUCGUGUAUAGAAAACAAAAGAAACAAUUAUGUUGUUCCAAAUUGAAACCGAUUGCCUGAUUUUUACUCUUACCUGGCCAAUUACCACAGUGUGCUACCACAGAUUAGGUAACAUGUCGAAAAAUUAUAUAUUCUAGAGUCAAAAGUCAGUGAUAUGAAAAUAGACUCUUGCCAUAGCUGACUAUACAGUCUGCUUUUUUUCUCAUUGUUCAAGGCCGUACGGUGACUUUUAAUAGUUUUUGUUUUCGUCAUAUAAACUCAGAUGAAUAGGUUCACCGGCAAUUAUUCCACUUCUUCUUUUUUUAUAUUAAGACAAUUUUUCACAUAUCGCGCACUUACUCCAAGCCUGGGUCGAUUUCCUCAAAACUUUAUCUUAUAUCUGGGUUUGAUAAAACCACGCUCUCUGUUGAUUUUAAAUUUUUCCGUGUUUCCGUUCCAGAGUUACGGGACUUUAAAUGUCAGAUUUAAAUACAUUCUUUCACAUAUUAUGCCAUAACUUGAGUUACGUUGAAUUGAUUUACUGACAACUCUGCAGAAUUGCUGGAAUGGAUAACAUGACACGCCGUUCGAAUAACAAUAAAAAAAAAUCAGACAUGUCAUUUUGACAGUCAUAUAGAUAGAAGGCAAUUUUUUAAAAUGUAAUGUACUAGCUUUAGUUUGCUUGGAUCAAAUUACAAAAAACUUAACACUUUGGAGUGGUUGUGAUUGAUGAAUGUGCACAAGAAGGGCGUAUCAUGCGCUAUUGGCACAGCUGUAUAUUUACUUUUGCAAAGAAGUUAUCCAGAAGCAUGCUUCUACUUUAAGAAGACACAUGCUUAUUUUCAAAAAAAUAUACUAGAUAUUUUACUUAUGGAAAGUGACCUGUGUAUAAUGUAAGCAUAUAUCCUUUAGAAAUCCAUAACAAAUUGACAUUUGGUAAACAAGUUCAGUUUAACUCCUCCACUAAGUUUCACAAUCACAAAAAACUGAGUCUUUGUCAUGUUAAAGAGAGUAAUUCAUUUUUACUAUCAUAUUGUAUACAAUUUUAAUAUGUAUCUACGCUUUUGUUUAAGAAUUUGAACUUAUUGAACAAUAAGUAUGUUUUUCUCAUA